AUGUCAGAAUACGUCGCUUUCGAAAUCCAAGCAGAAAUCAUCAAAAGACUUCCUGUGAAGUCAUUGCUUCAAUUCAGAUCCGUAUCAAAACCAUGGAAAUCUUUGAUCGACAGCUCAGAGUUUAUCUCUGGUUACAGAGUCCACCAAACCGAUCGACAGCGUCUACUUGUAUGGUACAAAGAUCCAGUAGACACAAACGAAAAGUAUGUUACUUUUGUCGAUGACGAGGCCUUUGCCCAACAAGAGGUCGCUCCCGCUGUUCCUGUGCUCUCAAAAUUCUUAAACGAUUUAAAAAUGGUGGGUAGCUCUCAGGGAUUGCUGUGUUUCUACGGUUAUUAUCAAGAUCCAAGUCAUCCACGUUUUGAAUUUGCAACAGAAAUGGCUGUUCUUUGGAAUCCCUCCAUUAGAAAAUCAAUUUGUGUAACUGUUCCAGGUGAGUCACGUUGGUCAAAAUUUGUUCUUGGGUUUGGGGUUUGUCCUAUCACUAACGACCCUACCAUUGUCAAGAUUACAAAUGUCGAUACGUAUUUUACAACUGAUGAUAGUUCUCCCAUGGUUGAAGUUUUUACAUUGAGUAAAGAAUGUGAUUCGAUAAAGAUUCUGGGAUUUACAAAGAAGGAUGAAGCUAUUAUGGAAACACAAGAUGAUUAUGGAGAACCAGCUACAGUUGUUGUCUAUGAACCCAGCUCAAAACGCUUCAAUGAUACAGGGAUUAAUGGGAAACAUGGUGCAUUGUUUGUUAGCUUGUACAUGGAAACACUACUUCUGCUUGAUCAGUUGGAUUUUAGUGUCGUGUAG